AUGCCUGGAACGUUGCUUAGCUGGCCAGCCUGGCCCGAAUUCACGCCUUCCAAGGCCGAGACUGGCGAUGACCUGGUCGGGUUCAAGAAGGCCAUUGUCGACAAGUACGGCAAAGAGGCCUUGGUCAAGAGCUGGUUGAAGGUCUGUAAAGAACUCGAAGCGGUGACGGACGAGAUCGCCGAAAAGGGCACUGGCGCCAUCCCCGAGAUUCAAUUCGACGACUUCUUCGCCUUGACGCCGGAGAAAAAGGAUGCCUUGAAGGCAGUCGGAUGUUUCGUCGUCCGGAACGUCUUCAGCAAAGAGCAGGCUGACGAAUGGUUCGACAACCUGAAGCAAUAUGUCGCCGCCAACCGAUCGUCCAUCAAAGGCUGGCCAGUGGAGACACCGUUCAUCCUCAACCUGUAUUACUCUCCAACCCAGAUGGCGGCCAGGUCGCAUCCAAAUCAGCUCAAGUUGAGCGAGGAGCUCAACUCCUGGUGGCACGACGACACGGGAGCCACCUCCCCCGAACCGUUGUCUUAUGUCGAUGGCGUACGGAUCCGACCUCCAGGGGUGAAUUUCAUGGGUCUGGGCCCUCACAUCGAUGCAGGCAGCCUGUCUCGUUGGGCAGACCCGACCUACCAGUCGGUGUAUUCUGCCGUCUUCUCCGGAAACCCCGAGUCGCUGGACGUCUACGAUUUGACUCUUCGCAAGAAUGCCAACCAGGCCAUGUUCCCGGGCUCGGCCCAUUCGCGCGUUUUCCGAAGCUUCCAGGGUUGGACGGCAUUGACGUCUGCUGGCUUCAGGGAGGGAAGCCUGAUGCUGUAUCCCAAUGUCAAAUGGACCAUCGCCUACCUCCUGCUACGACCGUUCUUCCAACCUCCCGAGGCGGAAGAAGAUGUCAUGGACGCCUCGAAAUGGUCGUUCGAUGCCACCAGCCCCUGGUUCCCAGGGACGUUCAGAGACGACAGCCAGCUGUUGAGCCCGUCUUCACACCCGCAUCUCCGGCUGCGAGAAUGCAUGGUGGGCAUUCCAAAGAUGGAACCCGGUGACACGGUAUGGUGGCACGCCGACAUGUGCCAUGCAGUCGAGGUAGAGCAUAUCGGCGACCACGAGGCAAGUGUCGCUUAUAUCGCUGCCACGCCGAGGACCGAAGAGAACAAGAGAUAUAUCAAGGCCCAGCUGGAGGACUUUCUCAAAGGCAUGCCACCCGAGGAUUUCCGCAAAGGCCCGGCCGAGAAAACUUUCAAGCUGUUUAUCGGCGAGAGCGGGAUUUUGAGUGGUGAGGCAGGAAGAAGGGCAAUGGGCUUUGACCUCAUCGCUUGA